GUCUCUUCUUGCAAUUUCAAUUUUCAGACCAAAGACGCCGAAAUCUUCAUCCCAUCUCCUUAUCAGUUUUAACUAGGAAUUAGUACUGGUCAGCUACCAAGUGAUACCUCAUCAAUGUUCGGAGAAGGCAAUGCAGCUAGCAGUGUCCUUGGAUGGAUUUCAAUAGCCUGCUGGAUUGUCGUGUAUUCCCCUCAAAUAAUUGAGAAUUAUCAACUACAGAGCGGGGAGGGUUUAUCUCUCCUCUUCAUCUACGUAUGGUUGCUGGGCGACGUAUGUAAUCUAGCUGGUGCAGUGAUGGCUGGAUUGCUGCCUACGGUGAUCAUCCUUGGAGUUUAUUACACUUUAUGCGACACAGUGUUGCUCUGCCAAGUGUAUUAUUACCGGUGGAAGCGGCAAACUGGGCGGCAUGUUAUACCUGCGCAUAUCUCAGGAGAGGUUUCCGAGGACACAUGCCUUCUUGGUGAUAGUCGCUCAGUGGAUCCCUCCGAAAGACCAGAGCCCUCGAUCACGCGAAUUUUCGUGCGGUACCUGGCCGCUGUCGCAUUCGUAUCAGCUGCUGGUGUGGCGGCAUAUUGUAUCAGCAAUUGGCUUCCCAACAAUGACACUUCUCCGGUCCUUCCCAAUAAUAAGAAGUUGGAUUGGAAUAUCCAGAUAAUAGGGUGGACCAGCGCCACUGCUUAUCUUGGUGCACGACUGCCGCAAAUAGUCAAGAACUCAAAGACCAGAUGUGAGGGCCUUGCUCCCGGAUUAUUUGUCUUCUCUAUCCUGGGAAACUCGACAUACGCACUAUCUAUUAUUGUUGCAUCUCGGGACCCAGAUUAUCUGAUCAGGAAUGCAAGUUGGCUAGCAGGUAGCGGAUUGACCAUCUUUCUUGAUAUACUUGUGCUCGGCCAGUUCUUUUAUUACGGAUUUGUUUCAGCGCAGCGAGGCUGGAUCGAUAAUAGAGCUACGGCGUAAGUGUUCGGUAUUAGAAGUUUGCUGUAUCCAUAGGUUACUGUUUCCUAGACAUAAGAAUACGGACUGCUGUGAAUGACUUUUACAUCUCUACUUUGGCUGGGCCCACGGAGAUGAC